AUUCAACUGUAUUGCUCAUUUCGAUCGAAUUAUUUCAAACUGUUCGAAAGAAAUUCGAACAGUUCGCGUUGACGACUCACCGAUGCUGCCACCUGCAAUCAAUUGCUCUGUUUGUGGGAUUGCUGUGAACUAUUUAAAUUACUAUGGCAAAAGACUGUUUUCAAUUCAAAAGUGGUCAGUGAAAACUGUUACCAUAUGUGUUUUAAAUGAUUGCAAUAUGCAUUGCCAUUCCUUUACAUCUAUUUCAUAUACAAUAUAAUCGAAAUGAAAAGAAAAGUUUAUAUUAAUAUUAGGAACCAUCAUAAAUCGCUAUUUAUGCAAAAUUUUAUUCCACUAGUUCGUAGAGAACUUGUCAAACUAUAGUGUAAAAUACAUUUUUAAUACAGCCAACUCAAUUUUCUUUCAUAAUUUUUGUUUCGAUAAUUUAUAUUCAUUACGAAUGCAUCAUUUUGUUCAGCAUAAAAAUGGUCACCUUACGCAACUAUCCUAUAUGUUUUGACAUAAUUAGCAUUGGAGAAGAUUACCCUUUCGUUUGAUACUUACUUUUAUUAUUUGUAUCACCAAAAUCAUACAAAACUGCACGAUACAAAAGUAUCGAUUUUCAUAUAUGUUUUCCUCACAAAUACCAAACCUCAAAACUCAAUGUCGUCGAAUGGCAAAAUAAGCAAAAUAAACCUAAAAGACAGUUGUGCCGGGUGCUGAAAUUUAAAUUUAUUUGAAUUGUUCUUCGGUGUGAAUAGAAAAUAAGUGAGAAAAUAAAUUAGCCAAAUGGAUUCCGCCUUAUUGUCGGUAUUGGCAGUGUAUGAAGAAAUCGGAAUACUUCGUUAUAAUCGACGGAAUCUGCGCACAUCCGGUAUUUUAAUGGAGCUUUCAGACGAUGCAUUCAUUAAAAGCUUUCGUUUGAAUAAAGAGGCAUUCCGAUACGUUUUGGGGGAAAUUGAACACGAUUUUUCCAACACAAAGAAAAGUGGCAUUCAUGUUAAUGAAAAGCUGGCGCCGUGUUUGAGAUUUUUCGCUGAGGGGAACUACCAGCUUGGAGCGGGAAAAGAUUUCCAUAUUGCGAUGGCACAGUCCACUUUUUCUAAGGUGUUAUCUGAAAUGCUGAACAUACUGGAGCGAAGAUUAUGUUCUAAGUGGAUAUCAUUGGAAAUGUCGGAAAAUGGACAGCGACGUGCCAAGCUUUAUUUCUAUGAGAAAUCUGGUAUUCCAGGAAUAAUCAUGUGUGUUGAUGGAACACAUAUAAAAAUAAUCCCCCCUAAUCAGAAUCGAAAUUUAUUUUAUAAUCGAAAGGGGUUCUACAGUCUGAACGUUCUCAUUGUUUGUGACGAUCAGCAGAGGAUCCGUUUCGUUGAUCCUAGCUUUCACGGAUCUAAUCACGAUGCCCAUAUAUGGCGAAUAAGCCCUGUACGAACGUAUUUCGAGCAGAUGCAUCGAAACGGCGGAACACAAACUAAAAUACUGGGUGAUGCAGGCUACCCAUCGGAAUCAUGGCUGGUAACGCCAUUCAGAGCUCCGGAAGAAGGCAGUUUGGAAAGCGAUUUCAACCAGAGGCAUGCUUCAGGUCGAGGCAUAGUCGAACGAACAAUCGGUGUUCUUAAAAAUCGUUUUAGAUGUUUACUUGGAGCGCAACAACUACAGUAAACAUUCACUAACUGGGCGAAAAGAGAAGACCACUUAUCGACAUUCGCGUUUUAACUGGUCCGGCAUGUUAAACGUCAAAUAAAAUCGAGGGAAACUUCAAUGAAUUGUUUGAUUCGCUUAGUUCCUGUAAUUGGAUAAAUAAAAGGAUUCAAUGGAAGUUUCGCAUUGAGUGCGACAAUAGGUAUGACAUAUGAUUUGAGAAAAUUGUUUUUCUGUAGUUUAAUCAAUGUUUUUGUCGUGCGAAAAUAAUGUCAACUUUCAUAACAUUUAAAAUUACAUUCGAAUGCCCCUCACAGCAAAUCUUUCAUUUGAAUAUGGCGUCGAUUGUUUACGAAAUUGUGCUUUUUAACUGGUCCAAGGACCAGUUAACGUUCGCCCAGUUAAAUAGCAGACCAGUUAAACCAGGACCAGUUAGCGAACGAUUACUGUACAUUAUACUCCUACAAAAUGUGCUCAAAUUGUGAAUGUGUGCUGUGCACUUCAUAAUAUAUGUUUGGAAUACGGAUGCUCUCAGUAGGGGGCAUAUUUUGAUGAGUCAUAUCAAUAAAUUUUUAUUCUCUCCAAUACUAGCAACUAUCAUCUAUUUUUACUUUUUGUAUGCGAUAAAUAAAAUAAUACGAUUUGGUGAUCUAAUG